UAUAAAGCAAGAGACAAUGAUGUUUAAGUUAUAGGUGAAGUAUAAUGGCCUCAUCAGUUUGGCUUGGUUUGCUCAUAAGUUUUUCAGUUCGGGGAUCAUACAGUCAGUUAGAUGUGUGUGGCCGAGUUGCAGUCAGAAACAGGAUAGUUGGAGGACAGAAUGCCCCUACAGGAAGCUGGCCCUGGCAGGCCAGUCUGCACCGAUUUGGCAGUCAUUUCUGUGGAGGGUCUCUCAUUAACAAAGAGUGGAUCAUGAGUGCUGCCCAUUGCUUUUCAAGCACAACAUCUAGUAGCCUGAUUGUCUACCUUGGCCGUCAAGCCCAGCAGACCAGCAACCCUAACGAGGUGUCCAGAAGAGUGGCUAGAAUCAUCUUGCAUCCUCAAUACAACCCAAGAACUAACAACAAUGACAUUGCCCUGCUGAGACUCAGGUCCCCAGUUACAUUCACUGACUUCAUCAGGCCGGUUUGUCUGGCCGCCAGACAGAGUGUGUUUCACAGUGGCGUGGACAGCUGGGUCACUGGCUGGGGAACUAUUGGAGAGGAAGUUCCCCUCCCAUUCCCACAGGCCCUACAGGAAGUUGAUGUUCCAGUGGUGGGCAACAGACAGUGCAACUGCCUGAAUGGAGUUGGAACAGUCACACAGAACAUGAUCUGUGCUGGUCUACUCGCUGGAGGAAAAGACUCAUGUCAGGGGGACUCAGGAGGUCCAAUGGUAAGCAUUCAAAACUCUGUGUGGGUCCAAUCUGGGAUCGUGAGCUUUGGCUUUGGUUGCGCUCAACCCGAACUCCCUGGCGUCUACACAAGGGUAUCACGUUAUCAAGACUGGAUUAGAUCGCAGGUUACCAGUGAACAACCAGGCUUCAUCACAUUCACCUCCUUGGGAAUUGACACAGACAGUAGCUACACCUGCCCAGGCUCAGCACUUACAUUAAACAAAAAUGUUGUAACAGCAGCUUCCACAAAUACAUCCUCAGCUAGAGUGUGUGGCACAACUCCACUCAAUCCCAGGAUAGUUGGGGGAGAAGAUGCCCCUGCUGGUGGCUGGCCCUGGCAGGCCAGUCUGCACAGGUUGGGAACACAUUUCUGUGGAGGUUCACUGAUCAACAAGGAGUGGGUUAUGUCUGCUGCUCAUUGCUUUUCAAGCACCAAUCCAAGCGGGCUGACUGUGUACUUGGGUCGGCAGACCCAGCAGAGCAGCAAUCCCAACGAAGUUUCCCGAAGCGUGGACAGAAUCGUCGUGCAUCCCAAUUAUGUCAGCAAUAUUGACAACGACAUUGCUUUAAUGAGACUGAGUUCUCCUGUUGAAUUUACUGACGUCAUUAGACCAGUUUGUCUGGCAGCAGGUGACAGUGUGUUCAACAAUGGCAUAGACAGCUGGAUAACUGGAUGGGGCACCAUUGGAGAAAGUGUUGCUCUCCCAUUCCCAGGGACCCUUCAGGAAGUUGAGAUUCCAGUGGUGGGCAACAGACAGUGCAACUGCCUGAACGGAGUUGGAAUGAUCACAGAGAACAUGAUCUGUGCUGGUCUACUCGCUGGAGGAAAGGACUCAUGUCAGGGUGACUCAGGAGGUCCAAUGGUGACCAAACAGGAAACGGUCUGGAUCCAGUCUGGAAUCUUCAGUUUUGGGUUUGGUUGUGCUCAACCUGAACUCCCCGGCAUUUAUUCAAGAGUGUCCCGCUACCAGUCCUGGAUCAGCUCCGAGAUCCAGAGCGACCCACCGGGCUUCGUCACUUUUUCCUCUACGGGAGCCGACACUGACAGUAGCUACACCUGCCCUGGACUUCCGUCCCCUCCUACGUCGCUCUCACUAUAUCCUGCCAGAGCACGUACGUGUGGCAGCGCACCUUUGAAUAGUAAGUCUGUGGUUGCGGGUAGCUGGCCAUGGAUGGUCAGUAUUCAAAGGAAUGGAGUUCAUAAAUGUGGAGGGUCUUUGCUUUCUGAAGAGUUUGUGCUAAGUUCAGCUGAUUGCUUCAACAGUUUUGAGAACAUAAGCGAAUGGGCAGUAUUGGUUGGAGUGCAACCACAGAGCAAUGGCUCUGAUACCUUCCUUAGCUCCCUUGCUUUGGCCAACAUCAGUCUCAGCAAUGUGGCUCACUCCUCUUCUGACAUUGCGGUGCUUCAGCUAAAGUCUUCUGUGGAGCUCAAUGACUACGCUCAGUCUUUGUGCAUUGAUCUAACUGAGCAAAGGACCUUUCCAGUAGGGUCAACAUGCUGGGUCACUGGAUGGGGAAAGAGGCAGAAUGGAGCAGACAUGGUACUGACGGAUAUGGAGGCCACUCUGGUGGAGUGUGGAAACGCUACCUCUGCAGGAACCAUUUGCACUACAUAUUUAGAUAUACAGCAGGGAGAUGUUGGGGGCCCAUUAGUGUGCCAGUCAGAUCAGUCGUGGUUCCAGGUUGGAGUAAUCAUGGGGGUCCCGCAGAGGAACUUUAUCCAAACUCAAAACAUUCUCACCUUCUCCAAACCCACUAUGUUCGAGGCCUUCCUGCGAGACACUGUCGGGGAUCUACCAUUGCCUUUCACUGCUGCUGCGACCACUGCUCUCCAUACCAUUGUCAACACCACAGUCUUUGAUGACUAUGAAUUUGAUAUAGUAGGAAAUGCAUCUCCUGGCUCACUUUCACUCUCUUUUCUUCAUUUCCUGAUUUCAGCCAUUCUCUCUUUAACUUUGUUUACAGGGUGAAGUGGAGAUAAGAAAGCAUAACUAUGAUCUUUGGCUUGAUCUGUUUAUGUUUAUGGUUCUUAGCAGACGUUUUUUGUCCAAAGUGAUUCAUCAAUAAACACUGCAUUAACAUUAAAA